CAUACAUGUGGGGUGGGGGCAGAUGGUACGGCGGGAGCACUGUUGGCCUCGGGGAAGCUUUAGUGGAAGGUGUGAUCUUGAGGGCCUGGAAGCACCUCAGUGGCGGGAAAAGGAGGUGCAGAUCCCUCCCCCAACCUUAUUCAUAUCGUAGCAACAGGCAUCACAUCGCUGUGAAAACAUGAGCCGAGAUUUCAAACCCGGAGACUUGAUCUUUGCUAAGAUGAAAGGUUAUCCCCAUUGGCCAGCCAGGGUGGAUGAAAUUCCAGAUGGAGCAGUAAAACCUCCUAUGAAUAAAAUGCCUAUAUUCUUUUUUGGCACUCACGAGACGGCAUUCUUGGGACCAAAGGAUAUAUUCCCUUAUUAUGAAAAUAAAGAAAAAUAUGGCAAACCAAAUAAAAGAAAAGGCUUUAAUGAAGGAUUGUGGGAAAUUGACAACAAUCCCAAAGUGAAAUUCUCUCAUCAGCGGUCAUCAAGUAAACAGGAUAAUAAUUUACCUGCAGAAGACAAAGAGAUGGAUACUGUCAAAGAAGAUGAUGUCCCGUUUGAAAAACUCAGCAAAGAUGUGAUGAAAACAAAUGAUAUAUAUAAAGUAGCUAGAAGAGGAAGGAAGAGAAAGGCUGAAAAACAAGCUGAAGCUGCAGAAGCUGCAGUGGUAGCAGCUGCAGUGGCUGUGACUCCAAAAGUAAGCCCUAAAAGAGGAAGACCAGCAGCUACUGAAGUAAAGGUUCCAAAACCAAGAGGGAGACCCAAAUUGGUGAAACCACUUUGUCCUUCAGAGACUGACAUUGUUCAUGAAGAGGAGAAGACAAAGAAAAAAGGACUGGAAGAAAAGGCCAAAAAACAAGGGAAAAAAGAUGAGGAGAGCCAGAAGGAAGAAGACAAAUCAAGGAAGGAAUUUGAUAGAAGAGAAGCAAAGGGGGAGACUGAACCAAAAAGGAGAAAUACUUCCCAAGUGGGUUCUGCAUCAGCAUCUGAUUCUGAAGAGGAUGAAGGAGAACAUGAAGGUGAUAAGAAAAAAGGAGGGAGAAUCUUUCAAGGAGCUCAUAGAAGAAACAUGUUACAAGGCCAACAUGAGAGAGCGCUGACAGAAAGAAAGUGUAAGCAAGAGGAGCAAAUGGAAUCUGAGCUGCAAAAUAAAGAAGGUAAGAAAUCAGAAGUUAAGAGGAUGGAGAAGAAGAGAGAAACAUCAAUGGAUUCUAGGCUUCAAAGGAUACAUGCAGAAAUUAAAAACUCGCUCAAAAUUGAUAAUCUAGAUGUGAACAGGUGUAUUGAGGCUCUUGAUGAGCUUGCUUCCCUUCAGGUCACAAUGCAACAAGCUCAAAAACACACAGAGAUGAUUUUGACUCUAAAGAAGAUACGGAAGUUCAAAGUUAGCCAAGUUAUAAUGGAAAAAUCUACAAUGCUCUAUAACAAGUUCAAGACCAUGUUUUUAGUUGGAGAAGGAGAUUCUGUUCUCUCACAGGUACUGAAUAAAUCACUUGCUGAGCAGAAGCAGCAUGAGGAAAGCAAAAAAACCAAAGAACAUUGGAAGAAAGGUCCAACCAAAAAAAUAGAAAAGGAAAAAGAACUAACAGGUGUGAAGACACUAAAUGGAGAGUCUGAAACUCAGGACGUCAACCAACUACAGCAGAAUGGAGAGAACACUGAGGAAAAGAAAGAGAAGCAUGAAGUUGGCACUAAGAAAAAAACAUCAGGUGAAGAGACCGAGCUUGAAAAUCCAAAGGAAACUCUUUGAGAAAAAAAUGAUGCCUCUGGAGUCUUUUUUGUUUGGUUGUUGGUUUGUUGUGUUUUUUUUUUUUUAAAUACAAAAUAAAAGUUAUUAAAUUUUGCAUUUGAAAUCUACAGACCAAAAGUUUUUAAAGUUUUAUAAGCACAGUAUUUUAAUGCUACAUUUUGUGGAAUAACAGCCCCUUUAAUCUUCAUUUGAAAAGUAUUUAAAUGCUUUGCUGAUGGUUUUAUCCAGUAUUAAUAAGCAAUACACAUCUCAAAAUCCCAUUCAGAAAACAGGAGACAGAGUUGUAGUAUGUUUUAAUCUGACCCCUGUAUGUUUGUCCAGUUAAUAGCAGGAAAGAGUGUAAAUAGUCUUUCGACUGCUUAAUUGCUUCAUUUGUAUAAAACAUACUCUCUUCCAGUCAUACUGACCUGUUAGUGUGUAGGUUUUCAACAUGUGUCAGGAUGGCUUUUUACUGUGCUUUGUACGAGCUGGAAACAUUGUUUUUAUAGCAGUUAAUGUUAAAGUUUAAUUUUGUUCUUGUAAAACAUUGUACCAACUGAUGCUAUGUACCAAUUGUACCAAUUUAUGCUGCGCGGAUUCUCAUAGCAUGCUUUUGGUAUUAUAGAUGUCAUACUAGGAAGAAAUCUGGUGUUUUCACUGAACCUGUUGAUGAUGCACAUUGGUUAGAAAACAGUCUUGAAUACUUUUUUAAAAAAUUAAAGUCUUUAAGAAUCAA